UGUGGCUAAAAAUACACCUUAAUUGCAACUAAAACACUCAGUCUUCAAUUAGACUGCGAAUAGAAUUGCUUGAUUGAUGUGAAGUGAUUGAUUGCUUUUGGUUUAUUUUUAUUUCAAAUAUCCUAUUAACACCAACCACAUCACCUUAAAAGACAUGAGUAUCGGGGAACCCUUGGUGUCUGUGGAAUUUGAAGUGUUUGGGAAAGUUCAAGGGGUUUACUUUACAAAAUACUGCAAAGAAAUGUCUGAGGGACUGAAUAUAAAUGGGUGGGUAAAAAAUACGAAGAAAGGAACGAUACAGGGAAAAUUGCAGGGCCAGAGAUCAAAUAUAGAACAAAUGGUUGUAUGGCUAUCUAACACAGGAUCACCUGGAUGCCAGAUCGAUCACUGUGAACUCACAAACUGGCAGAAUUUAGCUAAACCCGAUUAUAAAGGAUUUCAAAUUAGGUUCUAAAGUUUCAUGUUUAGGCCGUUUCUGCCGUCUUAUUUAACCUUCUUAUUUAUUACUUCAAUCUAGGAUUAUACUUAGUAAAUC